CCUGCGCAAUCUCCCUCCCACUUUGGCUCGUCCUUCUCCUGGCUCGCUCUGGCACUUAGGCGGGGUGUGUUCUCUCUCUAUUCGACCGUAAGACCCGUAAUAACGACGUUCGGUAAUCAAGCUUUGAUAGACCAGAGAGAGGAGAAACAAAAGGAGGAUCCGAGAUUCGUAAAGGCUAACGUGGGCGUUCUUCACGUUCGGAGCAGAUCUCGAAUUAUGUAAAUGGCCAGCGCGGAAAUUAUAGUAAACUGUACGGCCGAUUAUGUGCCAAGCUUCGUUCUGUGAUCUCGGUUACGCGGGUUUCGAUCAUUUUCUUGGAGUUUCCAUCGGCUCGUGAUGAUGACUGUUGUUCAUAACUCCAAAACAAAUUGAACUUGACAGUUUUCACCUGUAAAAGAAAUGAUGAAAAAAGUCAAGACAAAAGCAAAAAAAGUAUCCGAAAGAAGGCCUUUCUAAAAAAAUUCAAUAACAUUUCGCGCGCAAUCGUGGAAAAUGCAACAAGUAACAUCCGAUGGAACAAAACAAAAGUGCGCGCGGCGCGCCGCGCGUUCCACUACCCCCAUUUUCGCCGACGUCCACCGAACGUAACUUUAAAUUUAAACCGUAAACCGCUUUACCAGGCGACACGGGGUAUCUUCCCAAAAAAGAAACGCGGCUCGAUCGUUCCCCGGGCGUCGUAAAUCUCGCUGUGGUGUUUGCGAAUCGCGAUUUUAAUUCUCCUCUUUGCCCCCGACGCUUCGAAACAACCGAGGCCAUCCGAUCCGCGCGACUCCUGGACCGAGCAUCUUUCGUGGGUGGACUUCGGCUCGGUUCGGUGGUUCUCGGUUCGGUUCGGGUACGCGACGAGCCUGCGUCGACCUCGGUCGACCCAUGGCGGUCGGAGCACACAACUGGUUGUGGCUUUCGCGAGGCAGGUAUGUCGUGCGCUCCUUCGUGCGUGCAUUCUUGCCACUUCGCGUCAUCUGUUUUCCGUGCGAAAUUUUCGUUCUACGUUUAACGAGCGUUGCCACAACCACGCGUAACGCGUUAUCAAUCGUCUUAUCAGUCACCCGCGAGUGCCCUUAGUCGAUUAAACGCGAUUUUCAUGCGACGGGAACUGUCAAAAGUUCCGAUCGGUUGGAAGAGGCUGAAACGGAGAGCAGUACCAACGCAGUUUAUUUUCAACCGUGCGUAAAUUCCGUACCGGAAUAACGCGCUGUCACGUGUGCCUACGCCCGUGAAAUCCGUCGGAAAUUUACCAUAACGCGCGGAUCAUGAAUCGAGUUAGAAGACUUUAAUGUUGCUCCAAAGCGUGUAACGUAACGCGGUGUUUACGUGUGCGACGUAACGUACGAGACCGGUUAAGCACGUGGUGGACACGAUGCUCCUAAAAUUGGCAGUGCUGCUGUCCGUCCUCGUGAGGCCAGGUGCAAGUUAUUUCAACCUCUUCCUCAGCCAGGCAGAAGUGCGGAAACUAAUGGGCCUCCAGGCGGAAUUGUAUUACGUGAGGGAGGGCGUUAUAAACGAGUAUGCAAUUAAAUUCGUCGUACCAGUGCCGGCGCAAGUUCACAAGCUGCAUUUCACUUGGGAAAAUCUCGCUGGCAGGCCGUUACCCUACGCGAUGACGGUGGACAUCAGCAAUCCGUCAGCGUUGAGCAGUUCCUUGAACAUAUCUCAGGCCGGGGAGAUCCCCGUGGGUGGUCUCCAAACUUGGGCCUUGGCGUUGCAUUGCGGACCGUACGACGCGGAAGUCGACCUGAGCCUUCGCAUAAACGUCUCCUUGUCGAGACGGAACACGACGAGCCUGGACUUCAGACGGAAGAAAAUAUGCCUGAAGGAUAAGAGCAACGUGGGCACGGAAGAGGUUCUCGUGGCUGCUUCCGGAUCCACUUCCGGCGGACAAGUGUUCUACGCUGCCAUCGGCUGCGCCUGCGCCUUCAUCGCUGCCAUUUUCGUUCUGGUUAUCGCUUACUACGUUCGCGAUAAAAAGGCCAGGAGGCAUCGCGACCCUCUUCAGGAAUCAAGAGGACUCAGUUCCGCGUGCAGCGUGGAAAGAAGCACAGGAGUCGGUCCUGCGCAGACAUUUUUGUCUUCCGAAACUCCUCCGCCAGCGUCUGCAACUUCUACCUCCACUUACAGAAGAUUGGACGAUCGACCUAGCCGAGAACUGCACGAGAGAAUCCAGGAAAUCACCGUUCAGAGAUGCAGGGUACGCCUUCUCAGCAUCGAAAUGGAAGGCACAUUCGGUCGCGUGUACAGAGGCAGUUAUCACGAGGAGGGCGCGUCUUCCCCCAGGGAUGUCCUAGUGAAAACUGCUGCCGAGCAUGCAUCCCAGUCGCAAGUCGCCCUGCUCCUGCGCGAGGGUUUAGCGCUGUACGGUUUAAGUCAUCCCGCGCUGCUCCCCGUUUUGGGUGUUUCCAUCGAGGACAGAAGCGCGCCGUUCCUUUUGUACCCACACACCGGCUACAAGAACAUGAAGAGGUUCUUGCUGAGGUGCAAGCUGAGCAGCGAGGGGCCACCGAGGGCUCUCACCACGCAAGAAGUCGUGGAAAUGGCCCUUCAGGCUGCCAAAGGGGUCCAGUAUCUUCACAGAAAGAGACUGGUGCACAGAGACCUGGCCGCCAGGAAUUGCGUCGUGGACGAUGAUCUGAGGGUUCAAAUCACGGACAACGCCCUGGCCAGGGACCUAUUCCCCCAAGACUAUCAUUGUCUCGGCGACAACGAGAAUCGUCCCAUCAAGUGGCUGGCGAUAGAGAGCCUGCUUAACAAGACAUUCAGCACUGCCUCCGACGUGUGGGCAUUCGGUGUGUUAUUAUGGGAAUUGACGACGCUGGCGCAGCAGCCGUACGUGGAGGUGGAUGCCUUCGAAAUGGCUUCGUAUCUCCGAGAUGGAUACAGAUUGGCGCAACCGAUCAAUUGUCCGGACGAGUUAUUCGCGGUGAUGGCUUAUUGCUGGGCGAUGUCCGCCGACGAGAGGCCAACGUUCAGCCAAUUGAUCGUCUGCCUCCAGGAUUUCCACACUCAGUUGACUAGAUACGUUUAAUUCAGAAACCGCGAAAUCCUCCGCAGCCAGGCCCCCCUCCCAAAAACAAAACGAACCCCCUCUCCUUUCCCAUCGACUGAUAGAAUCCUGGCUGCAACUUGUACGAAAAAUGCGUGGCUCAUUUCAGAGACGUGGGAAAAAGAAAAUGGACGCAACGCGCCGGAAGCACGUGUAUAUAAUAGUAGUACUUAAAAGUUAAUGGUAAAAGUCGGCGAAGGAAAGUCGAGUAAAUAUCUGCGGCUGUAGAAACGUAGCUGUAUAUGUAUUCCAAUGAGAAAUCGUUCUUGUCGGGGAGAUUGCAUGCAAUUCGCGGAUACUAGCUUGUCCGACAAGACGUCGAGUAGAAGCGGACGAUAUGUAACGCGUGUUGUAUUUGUAAUAGAGGGCAGCAAAGUGUAACGGUAGAAAUCGACGUGUAUAUCGUACGAUCUGUUCCCAAUUUAAACGUUAAGACUGAAUCCAAUGUUCACCGAGCGAUACCGUGUUCACAGUUUAUCUAUAAGGUAGCUGAAUAUUUCCCUUCCCAAAAGAAACUGCCAAAUUACGUCAGGAACGAGGGUCGCGACAGUUUCAGCGCACAACGAGCUCGCGAAAUAGUGGCUCCACCGGCGCUGGAACUGUCGUGGCCCUCGAUCCUGCUCUACGUCAUCGUAAACUGCCAAUCUCAUAUUCAGGAAGCCGUGUAAUCGGACGAGAAUGUCCCCUGAUAAAAUUCGAACGACGUGAUACGCGCGUCGCUUGCCACGUGAGUGUUUCGAGUGUGCCAAUAUCCCUUUUUGUAUUUUUGUACAUAUUCACCGUGCGUAUGUACUGCACGGAGCUGUAAAGAAUGCCUCUGAGUGAUGCGCGCCAGAAAUGUUAUCGAAGGGCCCCUUUGUUGCUACGAAUCAUUGAAAUUGUGACUCGUUACACUUGCUUGGUGUCUUCCCUAUACACUGUUCAGAGAUAUGGCAUAUAGAGCUUUUUUUUUUAGUUAUUAGUUCGUUAAGAGUGUCUAAAUUAUUUAAAAGGCGCCCAAGGUUUAGAGAAGAAACAUUUUAUUUUUCCACUACAAAUAUUUAUAGUCGAAUCGACUAUUAAUGCUUACUAGCGACUAGUCCCGGACCCGCUAGAGCUUACUUAGUAAUUAAAUAUUCAUAAAGAAUUUAACGGCCCUUCGUUGCUCCUCUGUUAAUUAUUUCUAAGCACUGAAGUACACGGUUUUCGUCCAAUUUCACACUAUCCUUGCCAUUAAUUUAGCAUUACUAGUAUCUAAGUCGUGAUAUCCGAAAAUGGUACCAGAAUAAUUGGACCUACACCAUCAAUUAUCUAUUAAGACGAUGGACUUGCCAAAACGAAAAUUAAUCCUGCACGAUAACAUCUAAUUACUCGGAGAGAACAAGACAGAGUUCCCACGGGAAUUUCGGAAAGCUUCCAAAGCCUAAAUCUAAAUUUCAUCCAGGGGCGUUCUCUUCAGCUUUCCCGGUACAUGCGCGCUAGCUAUAAAUAUAGAGUGCCGCGCCUGGCUCGCCGAGAUCUGUGUACAUAAGCGAAUGAGAUGCGACGUGGUCGACGGACUACAUAAAUGUACAAAUCGCGGGCGUUACGAGCACAAUAAACUGAUUGAUACACGA